AUGUCCUGCUACGACCUGUCCCCCAGCUCUGCCUGCGGCGUCCUCCGCCCCCAGCCCCUGGCUGAGAGCGGCAACGAGCCCUGUGUGCGCCAGUGCCCCGACUCCACCACUGUGAUCCAGCCACCCCCCGUGGUUGUCACCUUCCCCGGGCCCAUCCUCAGCUCCUUCCCUCAGGAUUCAGUCGUGGGAUCCUCCGGAGCCCCCGUUCUCGGAGGCUUUGGGGGCUCCCUGGGCUAUGGGGGUUAUGGAUCCCUGGGUUAUGGGGGUCUGUGGGGUUAUGGGGGAUAUGGAUCCCUGGGUUAUGGGGGUCUGUGGGGUUAUGGGGGAUAUGGAUCCCUGGGUUAUGGGGGUCUGUGGGGCUAUGGCAGAUCCUUUGGGGGUUAUGGGGGUCUGUGGGGUUAUGGGGGAUAUGGAUCCCUGGGUUAUGGGGGUCUGUGGGGCUAUGGCAGAUCCUUUGGCUCUUGCAGCCCUUACUCCUGGUACGGCAGGUACGGCCGUGGCAGCUGCUGGUCCUGCUGA